AUGAAGAACUGGCUCGCCGCCCUGGCGCUCGCCGCCGCGCCGUCCGAGGCCGCGCUCCGGUUCGGCUGCUCGACAGUGAGCAUCCAGCGGCUGGACCCCCUCGUCGAGCCGGGCCGGGUCCCGUCGUCGCACCUGCACCAGAUCGUGGGCGGCAACGCCUUCAACGCCACCAUGACGGGCGACAUUGGCCAGCAGGGCACCUGCACCACCUGCACAUUCAGCGAGGACUUCUCAAACUACUGGACUGCCGUCAUGUUCUUCAAGCACCCGACCAACGGCACCUACAAGCGCGUGCCCAUCAUGCAGAACACGGCCCUGCCCAACGGCAUCAACGGCGGCAUGACGGUUUACUACACCCAGCAGGACUUUUCCAACAACGGCAGGACCAAGAUGACGGCCUUUAAGCCGGGCUUCAGGAUGGUCGUCGGAAACCCAGGCGACACGGCCAACAAACAAAAGGGGCUCAAGUUUGUCUGCCUGCAGAACAAGGGCACCCGCUUCCCCGAGCUCAACGACUUUCCCAAGCAGCCCUGCCGAGGCGGCAUCAUGACCGUCCACCACUUUCCCGCGUGA